GGGACAUGAAAGUUUAAAGGUCAGCAAUAUCGGCGGUCUUUCCGAAGAAUCUGCAAAUUGUUGAACCAUUUGAACCAUUUUGUCAAAAAUGGGUCGUCGUUCGGUGAAUACUACCAAAAGUGGGAAGUUUAUGAACCCAACAGACCAGGCGAGAAAAGAAGCAAGAAAACGAGAACUGAAGAAAAACAAGAAACAACGCAUGGCUGUGCGUUAUGCGGUGCUUAGGGCCAAAGACCCUCUACAAUUAUUGGAAGAAACGACUCUCUAUGACAAACAAGAAUACGAUCCCAGUGUUCAAGCUCAACUCAGUGAAAGGGUCAUUCAGGAAAAACGCCGAAAGCUGUUGGAAACAUUCGACCGUCUUGUUAUUCUAUACAGAAAAGAAAAUGCAGAAUAUGCCAACCGGCUUCAAGCAGCUCGUCAAGACUAUGACAAAAGACGGCGUGAAAUGAUGCUUUAUUACGAACAAGUAAAGUUAGCUGAGAGAGUAAAAGCUAGUGAAAUUCCGCUCCCAAAACUGCCACAAUCACAAAUGGGUCUUAUAACGUCCGAUAUACCAUUACCUCCUGGGGGUUACGCUAAAGGUAUUCUGAAGAAGUCGUUAGGAGCUCCAGGGCUCCCACCUAGUAUACUUCCUGCAGGUCGCAAACCACCUGGACCACCUCCAGGAACACCUCCUGAAUUGUCAGAUAGCGAAGAAGAAGACAAUUCUGUUGAUAACACGACAAAGCAACGCAAAAUCCGGUUCGCUGAUGCAGAUCCUAUGCCAGAGCAAGAAGAACUAAUUGGUGAUUCAUCUCUGCAUCUCGGCGAGAAAUUCACCGGUGGAUUUACAACUAUUACUCCUCCGCUUUCUCAAAUCCCUUUGCCGCCACCCAUGGCUUUACCAUCCUUUACUGGCCUCAUUCGUCCAGGAUUUCCAGGAGCACCUCAGCCAACUCUAAGUCGUUUCACUUACCAACGCCCCACUGGAGCUAUACUAUCAGCUCCACCUAGUUUGCACCUUCGUGAUCCACUUGAUAAUGCUGAACUUGUAAGUGGUCCAGCUGUAGCAAGCAUUCCAACAAAUCAACCAAAUCCAAGUGGAACUACUAUAGAAGCAAAGCCACAACUGAAAAAUUUGAUCGGUGACGCAACGCGUUUUGUCCCUACAGCUCUUAAAGUACGUAGAAUUGUUCGUGAUACUAGUGGUCGUCUAGUCACUACAGGUGGGGGCACAAGUGUAUAUGGAACAGCAAAACAACCGAAUGCUGUUUAUGAUCGUGUUGCUAAAUCUGAUACUACAGGAAUUAAUUCUGGGUCAGCUACUAGCAAAGACGAUGCAUAUGAAGAGUUUAUGCGUGAAAUGGAAGGCCUAAUAUAAGAACAAUUUUCAGACUCCAUGUAUAUUUUUAUCUUAUUUUGAAAUCGUCUUUCAUAUAUUGUAUAUUUCAAUGUGUCUUUUUUUACGCAUAUCUAUCUGAAGCAAACAUUUUUCAUUGAAUCCACCUUAAAUCCAUUGUUUACUUGUCUCAAAUUAUGAACACAUGUUCUCGAUGGAUACCAUUUCUUAAUGUAGAAUUAUACUCUGCUCAGUGAGAUUUAUCAAAUCAGUUUAUUUGAAGUACAGUUAGUUCAUCUUAUACACAAACAUUCAAAUAUAUGUCUGUAUAUGAUCAUCCAGUUAAACACCAUGUAGAACCUGGUACAUACGUGGAUCGAUUUGAUGCAGCACAGCGAAAUCGUGUUAUCAAGACAAAGUAAUAGUAGCAGAAGUAGUAACAGUGCCACUGAUAGUAGGAUAUAUGACUCGGGAGAGGAUGAAUUUGUGAAGCGAAAAAACACAGUUUCGAAAAUCAAGGUUUGAAAGAUAUAUACUUCAUUGCGAUCGCUUCUUAGCCAUGUCACUCAACGUCUCUAAUCACUGGUAGUGGUAAUCGUCCGGGCCCCAACUAGGUAGUUUGUAUUUACCAACACAACUCACUCUAAUGGUCAGUGACUUGGACUGAUACCACGUUUUGGCCUUUACAAAGUCAUCCUACCUACCUUUGUAGAAAUUUCAUCACAUGGGAAUCAAGACUUUUUUAUUCACUAAGUUCUAUCUAGCUUAUUAACUCUUGCAACACGAAUAGUUUGAGGUUAGUUUUUUAUUCACAACGUGUAUAAAGACUUUCGUCAAAUAAAGUUUCGACUAGUCACGUUACGAUUAAUAUAUCUGACUAGCGACUUACGUCUUACUUUUCGAAUUCCCAGUUGAUAGUUCUUCACAUUCGCUGUUUCAUUAUGCUAAUCAAGUAGCCAGAUCGGUUGUUUCAGCUAUUUUAUCUGUUUAAAAAAUUUUUUUAAGAAGAGAUUUUAACUUACACUUGGAAAGUUUGGUAGUCCAAAGGUUUGUCGUUGUCAAUUCAUGACAGUGAGCAUAAACAUCUCAAUUUAGUUUGCAAUAACUAUUGAUUGUAGUUUCUGCAACAAUUUUUAUUACCUUCGCAUUUCCUAAACAUUACUUUUUUUCAUUUUGUUAGUAUUUUCCUAAUUGUCCACAACAUAGAAAUCAUUUGUUGUCCCGAUUCUGCUUUUCUAAUUUAUAUAAAUAUGACGAAAUUCC